AUGGCUAGCGAUCCAAGUAGAAAUGAUAACUUAGCUGGACUUAGCGCACCACAAUUGCCUAUACCGGGCCAAGACAAUUCUAGAAUCCAUGAAGAUCAAAAUGUAGCAUUGGAGGCACCCAAGCCAAUGGCACCAUCACAGAAGCAGGGAAUGGACCUCUAUUUCGAUCAAGCACUGGAAAAAAUGGGUCAGCACCCUGUCCUUACCGGUGUUGGAACGUUUUUCGCUUUAUAUGUGGCUGCAGGAGCUUACAAAUCUAUAACUAGCAAAGUACGUGGUGAGAAAGGAGCAGCAGCAUUUCUAAAAGGUGGAUUUGACGCCAAGAUGAACCAAAAUGAGGCACUACAGAUUUUAAAUUUGAACGAAAGUCAGUUGAAUAAGAGAAAACUGAAGGAAGUUCACAGAAGAAUUAUGUUGGCCAAUCAUCCUGAUAAAGGUGGAUCACCAUAUCUAGCCACAAAGAUUAAUGAAGCCAAGGACUUUCUAGAGAAAAAGGUAUUGAAAUGA